UCCCUCGAUCUAGUGCCGUGACCUCUCGAAUUCCAAAUUCCCCAAGCCUCGCCAUGGAAGACCCCGCGGCCGCCCCCUCCUCCGCCCCUGCCCCUGCCGCCGCCGCCGCAGCUAGGGUUCCGGCGGCGGCCCCUGCCCCUGCCGCGGCGCCGCCCGCUCUCGCUCCGCAGCAGCCGCCCGCCACCGCGGCCGCGGUCCCUGAAGCUGCGGCGGCGUGCCGGAGGCAGCUGUUCACGGUGGAGCUGCGGCCCGGGGAGACCACCAUCGUGUCAUGGAAGAAGCUCCUCAGGGAGGCCGGGAACGCGGCCGCGGCGCCGGUGGUGGCGGCGGAGCCGGCGUUCCCCGCACACGCGGGCCCAUCCGGUGCGGCACAUCCUGCAGAAAGUGACCCAAAGGAUCCAACACAGCCAAAUCGGUUUAAUGCAGUCAUUGAAAAAAUUGAGCGCCUUUACAUGGGCAAACAUAGUAGUGACGAAGAAGAUCUUGACGAUGUACCAGAUGAUGAUCAGUAUGACACUGAGGAUUCUUUUAUUGAUGAUGCUGAAUUGGAUGAAUAUUUUGAAGUCGAUAAUUUGAAAACUAAGCACGAUGGGUAUUUUGUGAACAAAGGAAAGCUGGAACAGAUUGACCCUGGCACAUCGACAAAUAUCGCUCCAAAAAAAAGGAGAAGAAAGGACUCGAGUACUUAUCUUGAGACCAAUGCUCCAGUUGAUUAUUUAAGUAUUGGUGAUGUGCCUGGAAAAUCCUCUGGAAGAGGCACUGUGCAGGCAGGGAAGCAAUUAGCCAGUAGCAGCGUAGGUUCUUAUGGUCAAUACCCUGAGGACAACAGAGUGGUGAAGAACAAAACCAGUGGUCCUGGAGGAGCCCUUAAAAGAAAAUCUGAUUUCUCUGCGGUUGCUGAUGCUACAGCGCGUGCUAAGAUCAGUAAGGAUGCCUCAAAUGCUCCUGUGGAGCUAAGUGACCUGGAAGAUUAUAAAGAUGUAUUACUACCUCUUGAUUAUGGAGAUAAAGAGUUGUUACUACCUCUUGAUUAUGCACAUAAGUCAAAAAGCAGCGACAUGUUACUACCUCUUGAUUAUGCACAUAAGUCAAAAACCAGCGAGACCUACGAUUAUGGUUCAGCUUACAGGGAUAAAGGCACUUCAGUGCAACUUGAUUUCCAACAAAGAAAGGCAAGCAGGGAAAAUCAUGAUUCAUCAAAUAGAAUCUAUCGCAAAGGGAAAUGUGGAACAAGUGAAUAUCCUGUUGUGGCUAUGGGUACUGCUGUCUAUUCUACACAAACAGUGAACCCAAUUGUUGGUAGGGAGGGUUCAGGUACUAAACCCAAAGGCACCAGGCUUGAGCGAGCUAUUCGGGAUCUCCAGAAGAUUGUUGCUGAAUAUAGACCACCAACAAUCGAUAUUAAUGAGGUAGAUCCAAAUGGCCAUGCAGCAGUUAAAAGACGGUUGCCUCAAGAAGUGAAGCAAAAGCUUGCCAAGGUUGCAAGGUUAUCGGCAAAUCAAGGAAAGAUCCAAGAACAUGAGUUGAUGGAUCGCCUCAUGGGCAUAGUUGGACACCUUGUGCAGCGCAGGACACUGAAGAGAAACAUGAAAGAAAUGGUAGAAUCAGGUCUAUCUGCUAAACUGGAGAAGGCUGAUCGGUUUCAGCGUAUAAAAAUGGAGAUCAAUGAAAUGAUCAAAGCACGUGUGGCUGCAAAGUCAAAGGUCAAUGAACAACAGGAUGGUUCGGCUGAUGAUUUUCAGGUUGCUAAUGAUGAAAGAAGAGCUAUAAAAGGGAAGUCUGUAAUGGAUUCUGCAUUGGAGGAUAGAAUAUGUGAUCUCUAUGAUCUUUAUGUUGAGGGUAUGGAUGAAGACAAGGGCCCUCAAAGCAGGAAGUUAUAUGUUGAGCUUGCAGAGCUAUGGCCGCAAGGCUACAUGGAUAAUGUUGGAAUCAAAGAUGCCAUUUCUAGAUCGAAGGAGCGAAAAAGAUUAUUGCACAACCAGCAAAAGGUUCGCAACGAAGAGAGAAUGAAGAGGAAGAAGCUGGCUGCAGCAGCUAAACUGCAAGAUGGCUACCCUGCUGUAAUGCAAAGUGGACCUAUGUCACAAGUACCACCACCCGUACCAAAUCCCAUCACAUACCAUCCACCUGAUUAUGGACUGAACCAAGGAGUGAAAAGUUACGAAAGGGUUCGCGAAAUAAGCUCAAGGGCAAUCCCUGAUGACAGCAAAAGAAAUGCUGGCGAGAUGAAGAAGAAAAAAAGAAAACCUGAAUAUGAUCCUGUAGAUACACAAGCUAACCAACCAAAGGCUCCCUUGCAGCAUGGGAAUGAGAGGCAAAGGCCCUCCAAGCCUUCCGACGAGACAAAUGCCGGUAGCCAGCUCACUCAAACCGUGCUUGGCCUCCCAACCGUGAUUGGUCAUAACCAACAACCUAGCUGAUUAUUUUGCCUUACAGGAUAUUUAAUUCCAUUAUAGGCCCUUUUCAGCUGCUGUAACAAAAUCUGGUCUUUCCAUGUGUUCAGCACCGAUUGUCUAAACUAACAUGUAUCCGAGUGGAGAGGAUAUUAUUGACCAUUUGUAAUUCGGGUGCAGGUUUUCACCACAAUAUUGGUUGUAAUUACGAAUCGUUUCUAUCGCUGCUCGUCAUGACAUGUAUUGUUCAUAGUGCUA